CCGGGAUAGCGUGGUCGUUUGCAACUGCGAGGGCACCUGCGAAACUCAUUGAGAGGUGCAUUCAUCAGCCAACCGUCAGUUGUUCUAGGGCGAUUUCUCAUUAGGUCACGUGACAGGUAAGAUGAAGACCGAAAACACAACUAUAACACCUUAUACGCUUACGCCCGGACGAUGUGAACAAGUCUACCGUCUGGAUACAGAAUACAAGGAUGUCGCUCUUGUGUCCUGUGGGCUCUCCAUCAUCGGUUCACUCGUCAUCAUCCUAACGUACGCUAAAUGGCCGGACAUCAGAACAAAAUCGCGGCAAAUCGUGUUGUACAUCAGUAUUUCAGACUUCAUAACGGCGACAGGUUAUCUUCUUGGUGCGAAAUUCAACUUAUCGAGUCUUGAUGCGUCUCAAUAUAAGACAGUCAAGUGGAAGGCGUGUGAGGCUCAAAGCUGGUUCACGACGACGUCUUCGUUUUGUUCCUUUCUAUGGACAGACUGUUUGGCCGUGUAUUUGCUCAUUUGUGUAGUCUUGUAUCGACGACCGUUGGCAGUCAAGUUGUUUCCUAUUUACCACCUUGUCUGUUGGGGACUGCCUGUUGUCAUGACGACUGCUGCUUUGGUUGAUAACGCAUUGGGCCCGGAUAAUUCGUCUGUGUCUGUUGGUUGGUGUUGGGUGAAGCAGGAGUGUGCUGGGGAGAGGAACGGUAGCUGGCCUAAAAGCUGUCUACCCAAUCGGAUGGAUAUAGUAUGGCAGCUGAUUGAUGCUAAGGGAUGGGAAAUAUUGUCGUAUCUUUUGGUUGCUGUGAUUUGUGUGGUGAUCAAGUGCCAUUUGAAGAUAGAGACAAAUAUACGUUCGGUUUUACUGGAGAGACAGUCGCAUUCGUUAUCCGACGGCUUUGAGACGAAGCUGCUUUUCAUUCCUCUUUUGUUUAUUUUGAUUCGCAUUUGGGGAACGAUUCGUUACUUCAUGACAGUACAAUGGACUGUCAAUACUUUACCCAAGUACUGCAAAAGCAUGGAUUAUUUUCCAUGGUUGAUACUUCUCCAGGGAAUAGGAGAUCCUGCUCAAGGCUGGGUGAACUGCAUACUCUAUUGUCUUCUUACGCAAAAAAUUCGAUCACGACUCUUUUCGUGUUGUCGCACAAAUCAGGGCAGCAUUGGUAACAAGGAUAUCGUGCCAUCUCGUAGUCCAUCAGUUAAUUCAGAAAAUGAACCAAAGUAUGUAUCACGUAGUGGAUCGAGUGAGCUACUUGAUGUUGCCUCUGAUGACAGAACUUCGCUGUUGCAUGUAUCUGCUGAAGUACCUGUGCCUGACAAGACGGUGUCAUAUAUUACUGGUCCAGUGUGUGGAACAACACCACCAGAUAACUAGAAUAACUAGAGAGAUUUGUCAGUACACAGUUUUGUAGAAUGAAUAAUUAAUGCAAGUUAUUGUAAUGAAAUUAAAGAUUAAUAAUUGUUACUAUUUUUAGACUAUUUACUUGGUGUAAUAAAUAAAUAGUGGCUUUGUUGACAAAAUAUAUAUACGAGCAACUGACUGCUCUUGCUGAUGA